AAGUCAAGUAAGAGAACAUGCAGGUCAUCGCCUCCCACCGCGUCAUCGCUCCCAGCCGCGCGGCGCUCGCGUCCAAGCCCGUGCGCUCGCUCCGCCGCGCGUCCGGCUCCGUCGCCCGUCGUUCGGCCGAUCGCGUUAUCCUGUCCACCCGCGCCAUGGCCGAGGAGGGCGCCGCCGACGACGACUUCGAGUCCCGCCUCGGCGCGCUCCGCGGCAAGCGCUCCAAGCGUUCCGCGGACGACGUCGCAGCCAAGACGGCCGUCAAGGACGCCGAGCCGGUCAAGAAGGCCACCCCUUCCGGCCAGAGGCGCAAGGGCGUCGCCGAUUUCACCACCGUCGGUUCCGUGGAGGAGCCCGCGGGUGCCAACUGGGGGAGCGAGACCGUGGUGUACGAGGGUCCUCCCUCGCGCGGUGAGAUCAUCGCCAACGUCGCCAUGUCCUGGACCGUCGUCUGGCUGCCCCUGACCAUCUCCGCGAUCGGUCGCGGGCUGUGGGUGAACUACAGGAUCACCGACAAGCGCGUCAGCGUGCUCUCCACCUCCCCGCUGAGGACGGAGAGGAUCGACGUGCCGCUGAAGGAGAUCACCGACGUCAUCGCCAUCGGACGCGGCGUCGGACUUUGGGGAGACAUGGUCAUCACGCUCAAGAACGGCGAGAAGGUGGAGCUUCGGAGCAUGCCGGACUUCAAGGACAUUGAGAAGCACAUCAAGUCCAACAUGGGAACCGCGGACCCCGAGCUGGCGAAGCUGUGAAGCCUCGACGAUGGACGACUGGACGGGCGACGCGCGGGAGGGGGGAGCGCGCCGCCGUCGAUGCAACACCACCAAUACGAUACCUAUUAGCGCGGCGUUUUUGUGACAAGAAUUGAUUCGAGUAUU